UCUCAGAUUAUUCCUUGUCAAAUACAAAACAUCUAAACUGAAACGAAACGAGAGACAGGAACAAAGGAUUAUUCUUAAAGAAACUUUUACUGGGUUUCAACAAACUCAGACAUUUUCUGUAAAGUUAAAAACAGUAGUUGGAAAUGGUGUUUAUAAAUUUGCAAAAUAUUCUUUCCUCGUGUAAGCAUUCUAAACCUAGAAGAAGCUCUUAAAUUCAGAUUCAAUAUCCCGUUUUUUUAACCCACACCUCGUUGUGACAUUGAAUAGCUGAAAAUAUGUCAGCCUUUGAUCACUUUCAAUUCAGUUUUCAACCGAUGGGUUGAUCAAAAAUUUGACUUAAAAUACUCGUUUUUAACUCAAAAAUGAAGCUCUUACUUUGAAAAGGAAUCUUAAUUUCAACUGCUUAAAUAGGAAAGGCCAAUAGAUAUAAUAUUCAUACCGAGUGUGAAUUUUAAUAUAAUUGAAAUGGUUUGUUUGACUUGAGUAUUUACCAUUCGAAGCAAUGACACCUCUCGUGUGACAGUUGAUAAGAAAAUACGGAAAUACCAACAAAAGAAUUCCUUAUCAGUUUAAAAAGCUUUUAUCGGAAUUUCUUUUGAAAUUGGUUGUUCCGACAAUUUGUAGAUCAUUUCACAGCAGGCAGACAGAGGCUCUCAGUGUAUUCACACUAACCACUGAGUAUAGAGAGGGGUUUAAAAUGUACAGCAUUUUCAUAUUUACAAUGAUCUGAAAAAUUUUGAUUGUGGCUACGCUAAACAACGGAGAUUACUUCUGGCGAGGUUUGCGGAGAAUAUCUCAUAUCCAAUCUGUUUGAGGAUUGUUUAUGAGUUCAUGGUAAAUGGUCAUGAAUGAUGAUUUGGCAAAAGUGAAGUCAGCCACGAAUCAUGAUGAUAUGGAGCCGAAGACGUGUUAUGAAGGAACUAGACCAGAAUACGUGGCGCAGACGUUUUUCUUGCUGUACAUUACUAUAGCUACCAUAAUUGGUAAUUCUGCCAUAUGCUGUUCAAUCUACUACAAUCAAACUCUUCAUCGCUUCUCAAACUAUCUCGUCAUGUCUCUUGCUUUAUCAGACCUGAUGGUUGCCUUUUUCUCACUUCCAAUGCGAAUCCACCAAAGUUUGCACAACACGCACUGGUGCCUCGACGAAACCACUUGUGUUUUCUGGAUCUGGGUAGAUUUAGCUUGCCGCUGCACCUGUUUUGCGAACUUAGCAUUAAUAUCGCUGGACUGUUUUGUAGCGACAAGAUAUCCGUUGAGGUAUCACCGUAUUAUAACUCAGAGAAGAGGUCACUUGAUGAUUCUCUAUAUCUGGUUUCAUGGAGGCGCGAUAGCUUCACUCGGACUAAACAACUGGACAAAUCCUACCAUUCCAGCGUUUGCUAUAGAUAAUCCAUCAGGGUGCCGAAAAACUCCCGAUCCGACUUUUUACACUUUUGCCGCUUGUGUGGGAUUUUUCCUUCCUUUACUCAUCAUAACAGCAUCGUAUUCUUACGUAUUUUCAGUUUCCCUGGAACACUGGAAAUCUACAAACUGCAGGACACUACCAGAGCCCGUCUCACUUGUUCAGGGUGGCAUCGCCUGUCGACGAUUUACAUCGACUCGGGAGAUCAGAGCCGCUAAAACAUUGGCCAUAUUUAUAAGCGCCCUGAUCUGCUGUUGGUUCCCGUUCUUCGCCAUACUUAUGGCUCUGUUUUGGUGCUCGACAUGUUUUACUCGAAUAAGCCCGUUUAUAAACAUAACAUUCAUUUACAUUCUUCCAAACAUCAGCAGUGCCCUAAAUCCAUUCAUUUUCUUCAUAUUUAGUCAAAGACUACGAAAAGCGUUCUACAAAUUAUAUACUCGUGUUAAGAGGAGUUUAAUUUGUUUCAUUGAGAAUUUCCGUCUCUAGAAGUGCCUCCAGACAUUCUGUGAGCACGAGCAUAGUCGUUUGCUGUCAUUUGUUACCGUGGAUCAGUUUUCCACAUGCAGUAAAUGGACAUACGAAAUUGUUGAUUACUGUCUGUAGAAUGAACUGAUCGAAGGUCUUAGCUUAGCACGCAGGUGUUGAGCACGUAAGAAAUUCGUUCAAUUUUUGUCCCAUGCUACGUUACGCCGCGUUCAGUUUGCACUAGUAAAGUUUUGAAUGUGUGUUCUUCUUGCACGGUGUCCUAAGAAAUUCGGACCCCUGGACCCUGUGUGGACCCCAUUGUGUUGUCGUAAAGGAACACGUUCUCCUUGACUGAAACGGCACAGAAAUGUCAUCAAGGAUUGGUGUAAUGUACUAAAGUCAUGCAAUUCGAUGGAAAUUGUACGUCUUACUUCAGCUUAUUUUCUAUAAAGUAAGAAAUAAAUCACUGAAAAGUAUGUUCUUUAAAGAGUGUGAAGUUCGUAUGUGUUAGUUGUUACUCAAUUUAUUAUUUCAGCCUCUGAGACUCUCUUAUUCAGGAACUGAACAGAAAGACAUGUGCUUCAAUGCCACUAUAAUUAUAUUCAUACACCAAACAACUCCAGGUCUGUUUGUUGUAUGGGUAUAACUGAGUGA